AUGGCGGCGCCUGCCCACACCCCGAUGGCCUUGGCCCUGGUGUAUUUCGUCCAGCUUCCUCAGACCAGAUGUGAGGAGAAUUGUACUAGCUCUGAACAUUGCCUGACCACAGAUUGGGUACAUCUCUGGUACAUAUGGUUGCUGGUGGUAAUUGGCGCGCUGGUUCUUCUGUGUGGCCUGACCUCAGUGUGCUUCCGCUGCUGUCUGAGUCGCCAGCAGAACGGGGAGGAGGAGGGCCAGCCGCCCUACGAGGUGACCGUCAUCGCCUUUGAUCAUGACAGCACUCUCCAGAGCACCAUGACUUCCCUGCAGUCGGUGUUCGGGCCCGCCGCCCGCCGGAUCCUGGCCGUGGCCCACUCGCACGGCUCCCUGGGCCAGCUGCCCGCCUCGCUGGACACGCUCCCGGGCUACGAGGAGGCGCUGCACAUGAGCCGCUUCACCGUGGCCAGGAGCGGGCAGAAGGCGCCAGACCUGCCCCCGGUGCCCGAAGAGAAGCAGCUGCCUGCCACGGAGGGGUCUCCUGGCCCCCAGCGCGCUUCCUCCAGCUGA